UGUAAAAUGGAAGAUUUGUUGCCUUAAUCGAGUUUAUUGUAAAUAAUUCCUCCAUACAUGUUUUGGAAGAGUAUAGACAUUAUUGCAGAAAUGAUGUUAAACGGCAUUUGUUGCUUACUUAAGAGAUAGCACUAUAGAAAUGACUCCAAAACGGAAGACCACUAGCUCAGAAUCUACUUCAACAACCAGUUCUGGUUCUUCAUCUAGUAGUUCUUCAAGUUCAGGCAGUGAAUCUAGCUCAUCCGAUUCAGAAAAUUCCAGUAGCUCUGCUAAUAGUAAAAAAGUAUCUGACACAGAAAGGGCAAAAAAGAAGACACCAUUCCCUGCUAAUAGACAUGGCAAAUCUAAAGCUGACACAGUUGUUGCUCCAUCUGCAGAAAAUAAAAAUAAAGAAAGAAUACCACCGAAGAGUAGACCUGUGGUAUACUCUUCAGAAUCAGAGGAAUCACCAAGUAAAGUAAAACCUACAGCAAAGAGAAAGCCUCCAGCUAAACCUAAAGCAACUGCCACAGUAGCACCUGUUGUUAAACAACAAAGGCCACCUGUUAAAGCAUUAAUUGCUUCUGGCCAGCAGAAGAAUACACCAAAUUCUAAACCACUUGCUAACAAGCCAAACAAACCUUCUACCUCCACAAAUGCUAAUGGAAAAGGUCCUGACAAAUCUGCAAAAGCAACCUCAGAACCUGUGCAAAAGAAAUUAAAGAAGAAAAGUAUAUUCAGUCCUGAGAAUAGUAGUGAAAGUGACAGUGGUAUUCCAACCAAAACUAGCACAGUAAAACCUGCAAAUAAUUCUGUAAAAUACACAAAGAAUCAGCAGCCUAAAUCAAAACCAAAUGAAACAAAACAGAAAACUAUCACUCCAAAUAGGCCCAGUCUAUUAGCAAAAUCUGUACAAUCACAAAAGUCAGAUAGUUCUGCAAGCUCAAAGAGCUGCUCUGCAGGAUCAGGUUCCUCAGGCUCUACAGAUAGCAGCACCGACUCUGAAUCGUCGGAGAGUGUUGCAAGCCCACAGCCUCAGAUAAAAAGAAAAGAUACUCAACCAACUACAGCAAUAAGCGCUACUAUAAAUGCUCCUCCAAAGCGGCCUUCCGCGGCGGUUGCGCCUGUGAAACCGCAAAAAUGUACAAAACGACAGGGUGCAAUAAAAAGCGAGGAUGAAGGCGACGCGUCUGCGAGUGAAAAAGAAAUGGACGAACCUGGUGAAACGGGCACGGCGAAGGCAACGGCCAAAGGCAAACGAAAGUUACAGACACGAAAAGGAAGCAAAUUGCUUCAGCUUCAAGCAAAGGCAGCCAGUGACUCGGAAUCUGACACAGAUACAGUCUUUUUGCUUACGGCGGCAGUAUGGUUCUCAGGUACGGAAACGGUAGCGUGUAAACGUAUCCUGCAAAUUCCGCUGAUCCGGUGUGAUUUAUCGAGAGUAGCUGAAAGCAAGAGGAGUACCAGCAAAUCGCCUGUAAAACGUGCUGGGCCUAGUACCGCCGCGAGACAGUCGUCAGGAACCAACAGACUACCACAGAACAGCGGUACGUCGAACGUUACCAGCGGAAGAUCAGGACAAGGGAAUUAUGGUCGCACACGCGUCACCAAGGAAAGAGAAUGCCCAUUAGCACCAACUUGCGAUUCACGUGGUCAUCUUUCUGGAAAGCUCGAUUCGCAUUUUACAUUGGAAUCUUGCCCUUUGUAUCAUAACACGACGCAGCAAGCAUGCGUGGAAUUUUACAAAGAAAGAAAAAAACGCGAAGAAGAGAGGAAAAAAGCUGUAGCAUGCUUGGCGAAAAAGUCUCCAAAGGGUAUGCACCAAACAACGGAGCAAAGAAACUAUCAGCUGAAAGUAAGGGAAAUGAGAAACAAAUGGAAAGGAAACGCUGGCGAUGGAAACGAAAGCGACAGCAGUAGCGAGCUUCAAGGAAAUGAGAAAGACCGUCAGCCAAGAUUGACGAAUCUAACUCCGGAAUACGAUUUGAAAUUGUUCAUGGAGGCGCAGGCGAUCGCCAGUGAAAAAAUUGAGAAGGAAUUGAAAGAAUUGGAUUACGAUGGUGAAGGUAGAAACGGUGGCGGAACAAGAGUUAUCGAAAUGGGAAAAUGGGAAAUGGAAGUUUGGUACCAGAGUCCCUAUCCAGAAGAGUUCAGCCGCGCUCCGAAGCUUUAUUUAUGCGAGUAUUGCUUGCGGUAUGCGAAAAGCCGUCAAGUUUUAAGGAGGCAUCGAGAGAAAUGUUUAUGGAGACAUCCACCUGGACACGAAGUGUACAGGAAAGAUAAGAUAGGUGUAUGGGAAGUUGACGGAAAACGUUAUAAGCAAUAUUGUCAGAAUCUUUGCUUGCUGGCAAAGUUCUUCCUGGACCACAAGACGUUGUACUACGACGUCGAGCCUUUUCUUUUCUACGUGAUGACCAUUGGCGACGUCGAGGGUUGUCAUACAGUUGGAUAUUUCAGCAAGCACUUGCCUUUCGUAGAAGAAAAAAACUCUUUCCUGAAUUACAACGUGUCCUGCAUUCUAACGUUGCCGCCUUAUCAACGUCAGGGAUACGGCCGACUCUUGAUCGACUUUAGUUACUUAUUGACCAGGGUGGAGAAAAAGAUUGGCUCGCCCGAAAAGCCUCUGUCGGAUCUGGGCUUGAUCUCGUAUCGCAGCUACUGGAAGGACGUUUUGCUGCAGUACCUCUGCAACUUCGGGGGCAAGGAACUCUCCGUUAAAGAUAUCAGCAAAGAGAUGGCCAUCGACUCGUACGACAUCGUCAGCACCCUGCAGGCCCUUGGUAUGAUGAAAUACUGGAAGGGCAAGCAUAUCAUUCUGAAGAAACAGGACGUGAUCGACGACUACAAGGAGAGGGUGAAGAGACGAGGACCCGUCUACAAAGAGAUCGAUCCGGAGUGUCUGAAAUGGAACCCCUUCCAGCCUCCCAAGACGCCCUCCGCCUCGAACUAAGGUUUGCAGCCAGGAGCCUGGAAUGACGCCGCCAUCGACGGCCUUCCCCUUCUCACUCUCUCUCAUUCGUUCAUCGGUGUUGACUGAGGGCGGUGGUCGAUCUCUUUCUUCUUCUUCUUCUUCUUCUCCUUCUUCUUGCUCCUCCUAGUCGUUUCCCCCCUCGUCGCCCCUUUUUCCUUUCCUGCCAUACUCUCUCUACCUCACGAUUCUCUUUCCUUCUUUCUCUCCAUCGUUCCGUCGCGACACGUUCCGCGCGAGUGUCCUGACAAAGGCAUAAGUACGAGGCGCGGAUUUCAUGGCUCGCGAACGCGCUGAUAAAACCGGUGAAAAUCCUUCGUUGAAUUUCGUGCCCUUCGAACACC